CAGAUCCACAUAUUAAAAACAAAAAGAAUCAUUUUUUGUGCAAUCAAUCAGACGAGAAGAAGAGGUCAAAAAAAAAAAAAAAAAUCAGACGAGAAGAAAAGAUUAUCAUUCAUCGCCAUGGGACAAGUCUUUAACAAGCUCCGAGGUAAAGAGUGGAGGCAUAAGCAGGUACAAGCGAUAUGUGAUCGUGUUUUCGAUCGGUUCAAGAUUCAAACCGGAAGAGCCAAUCUUACGUUCGAAGAGCUAUACAUCGCCGUGCUUCUCGUUUACAAUGACAUAAACAAGAGAUUGCCUGGUCCUCAUUUCGAUCCGCCUUCUAAGGACCUUGUCAGAAGCAUUAUGACGGACUGUGAUAUCAACUUGGAUGGAGAAAUUGAUAGGGAGGAGUUUGUGAAGUUUUUUGAGCAGCUUACGGCUGAGACAUUCAAUGUGGUUAGUCAGGGUUUGAUCAUAUCUUUGAUUGUGGCUCCUACUGUGGCUAUCGCUACCAAGAGGGCCACGGAAGGUAUUCCAGGAGUUGGCAAAGUUGUGCACAAGCUGCCUACCUCAAUCUAUGCUUCUCUUGUGACUCUUGCAGUUGUGUGGGUAAAUUCUGAUUCAAGUUAAGCUUCUCAGAUAGCAAAGCUUGUCACCAAAGAAAUGGGUUUAUCUUUAAACUAGUAUUUAUCCCGUCCUACGUACGGGUCAAACACACACUUAAAGACAUUAUUAAGAAUUAUACCUUUUGAUGAUUUUGUUCUGCAUAUUGUUUCUUUGUUUUCCGAAGAUAAUUUCUGUU